AUGGGUGUCCACAUGUUUUGCCCAACUAAUUUGCUACAACCUGUAUACAAGUACUGUAGAGGCAAUUGAAAUGGACUGACUUUUGGAUCAGUUUGGUAUAGAAUUAUAAAGCAAAUAGUCUGUUAUGCAUAGGAUAACACACAAGAACUUGCCAACCUUCAACCAUCGUCGUCAGUUUUGUUAUUGUAUCGCGUAGAAGAAAUCGAAAAGUUAUAUAUUCGAGUGACGCGAGUUACAAGGAAAAUUUUCAGGAAAGGCCCAGAACAAAUACUUGGAGUUUUCCUGGACUAUAAAGAAAGAAGUGUACAGAAAUUCUUGUACAGUUUCCGUGUCAAACAAGGAAGACUUGUAGACUACAGUGUUUAACCGCGUGACAAAUUACCGACCCAAGAUAAAAUGUCAUCAGGAUUUGCGAUAAGAAUAACUCUAAUGAGCGCGAUCCUUUGGUCGGGGAAUUUAGUAUCCUUAGCUUCGGAUGAUGAGGGUAUAGAUGACCAUUACAGUGGUGAAUGCGUUAAUCGAGAAAACAAAUCUUAUCCGACCGCAGAGUGUAAAAAGUAUCUAAAAUGUUCUCCACAAGGUCAUGCUAGUAUAGAAAGUUGUGAAAACGGGAAAAUCUAUAACAUCAACACAAACACUUGCGAGGACCCAACAUCUACAUGUAACGAUACACUGAAAGUGAAUUUUUCAAAUUGGGGGAAUUUGAAUGACGAAGACCGCGAAAAUUUGAAAAAUGGUAUACCACCGCCAAUGACUGCAACAUUUCAUAAAGGAUUAAAGAAUUUUGGUGACUACCCGAAAAAAAUCCUUUCCAAUCAGAAGGUUAAUAUACUACUCGAGACCCGGUUCCUGUCGGUUGUAGAUGGAGAAUAUAUGUUUACUAGCAAAUGUGUGUCUUGGUGUAAGCUAUGGAUACGAAGGGUUGAAUCAGGUAUAUGUGGACCCUUGGAACUUGUGUUGCACCAGAAACCCAUUCAAAGUGAGCAAGGAACUGUAGGUUACUACCUUCAAAAAAACGUCACUCUAGAGUUUGGAACGUUCUACGACAUGAUAAUUGUUCAUAUCAGCGAGGGAAAAUACCCAACGUUUAAAAUGGGGGUUCAGUGGUGGCAUAAAGAUACUCUUGAAAAAAAAUCAAAGGAAGAAAUACCGUCUAUCUUUCUGCGACUACCACGCAUAAAAAAAUGUCCAAAGCAAUCUUUAAAAAAUGUGUCAUCUACAACCUACUUUAUAAAUCCAUCUCCAACUGGAGAGCAUCGCCCAACAGCUACCAAAGUUCAAACUUCAACCGGGUUAACAACUACAAAUAUUUUGGCAAGUACCCUAAAAUUUGGAGCCUCUACCUCAACCCCCAAUGGACAACCUACGAGGCAGAGCUCAGUACAGAUUAAACCCACCCCCACCAGAAAGUAUUCUCCAGCAAGUUCGUCGAUUAAAAUGAAAACUUCACCAUUACCUAAAACAGAUGUUAAGAAACUUGCAAACAUGAUGGAAAAAUAUUUGUCAUCCCACAAUCAGACAAAUAAUAAUGACUCAUCGCUACAAGUCCAGAGUGGUGGGCUGUCUCAAGCGAGGCAAGUUGAAUUCGAAGGCGUCAAAAUAGCAGAGAAUUGGAACAAGCCCGGCGAAUCAGAGACCGUUCAGCAUACAAAUGUUGUAAUGGAAGUGAACUUUCCUCUAUCCAAUUAUACUUUUCCUCGAAAUGAGUCAAACAAUCGAAUUCGCAAAGAAUUUCAGUCUGACCAAAUCUUCAUCCCAAGUAAAGCUUUGGUCAACAACAAUGGAGAAUUCAAGCGAAAGGUAUUCAGUGCUUUGUAUUUUAACCUGGAUACGAAACUACCGCAGUACUUUAACGAAGUCGAAACGGAGACAAAUCGAAUUCUUGGAUCUUAUCAGCUGAAUAGUCGCGUGAUCGCGUGUACUGCAGUACCACCUAUCAGUGGCCUUCCAAACUAUGACAUCGUUAUCCGUUUAUCUCAUCUAAGGGCAAAUUUCAGUCUGGGAGUGAAGCCAAUGUGUGCUUUUUUCAAGUGGAAAAGUGAAAUAGACUCCACUGGUAUUUGGUCAACAGAAGGAUGUAUCCUGGAUGAAAAAUUGUCAAAUGAAAAUAUGUCUGUGUGCAGGUGUAACCAUCUAACACAUUUUGGUAUCCUAAUGCAAGUCGACGAAACUAUGUUGGGGAAAAACGACGUAAAAGCUCUGAAAUUGAUUACUUACAUCGGCUGUGCAUUGUCACUAAUAGGAGCUUGUCUCACAGUUUUGGCUAUAAUGUGUUUACCUGGUGCAAGAUCAGAGAGGAAUUUUAUCCAUGUGAAUCUGGCCGUAGCAAUCGGCUUGGCGCAGGUUACAUUUCUCGCAGGAAUUGAUGAAACUGACUACAAGGUUGCAUGCAUCAUUGUCGCUGCCCUUCUUCAUUAUUUUUUGCUCGUUGCCUUCUCCUGGAUGUUGGUUGAAGGAAUAUUUCUGCAUAUUUUGAUUGUUAAAGUUUUCCACGACCAAUUGCCAAAGAGAAGAUUUUAUGUCACAUUUUGUUGGGGCUUACCGUUUGUCAUCGUUCUCUUGUCUGUUAAUUUAUUGCGUGAUGGGUAUGGAACCGAAACAAGCUGCUGGCUUUCCACAGAUAAAUCGACGAUCUGGACCUUCAGUGGCCCAGCUAUUCUGGUGAUGAUAAUCAACAUUAUAAUUUUAUGCAAGGUAAUGAAAGAAAUAAAUUCGCUGAGAACAAGUGACCAAAGGGAUUCGAACGUUCGAUCAAUAAGGUACGGAGUGAGGUCAACGAUCAUCCUUCUACCAUUGCUUGGUCUUACUUGGGCGUUUGGUUUGAUCUGUGUUAACGACGACCUGAUUGUGUUUCAAUACCUUUUCACAAUAUUUAAUUCCUUACAGGGGCUAUUCAUAUUUUUAUUCCACUGCGUUUUCAAUACAGAGGUUCGCAAAGCAUUUUGGAGGAAAGUUGAUCUCUGGUUCACAACUCAUAACAACCCGUUUGGUACCAAUGGACACAGUCGAAGCAGCUUUAAGAAGUCUAAAGAUGAACCUUCUUCAAUAAGCUCUCCUGAAAAAGAAAAGAAAGAACCUUCAAAGAAUGGUUUAUCGAUGUACUCAUUCAAUGACCUAACAGAACGCGAGAGAAGAAAGCUAUCGUCUACCACUGCAAGCACUUGUCUUGACCCCUGGCCAUUGAAAUUGAGUAUAGCCUCUUCUGUCGAAAAUGGCACUUAUCCUCCCCGAUAUACCCCGAGUUUUAGUAGCGAUGACAUCAAGUACCAGGCGAUAUACAAACACGAUAUUAGCCAAAACAAAAUCUCACAUAAAGAUAUUCAAGUUGAAGAUCUCAACGGAAAUAGUCAUACAAUGAACUGUGACUCUGAUCCUUCAAAUAGGUUAUCGCAGACCUCGGACAGUAAAACCGCUCAUAAUGGGUCAAAGUCGGAGAAUAUCAAUAGAACAUCAGCCAUUCAAAAUGGGAACGCAGAAUGUCCCAUCUUGGAAGUGACUGAGCAACCAUUCGACAGUUUAAAACAACAAAACGAGAACAAAAAUUGUGAAAACUCUGGACAAACCAUUGAAAAUCCCAAAGAGUGUGAAGUAAAUUAUAUUCAGAAAGAACCACAAACAAAUUGUGAUGUUACAAGCAAUCCGAACAAAACUGUUUUUAAUAACACACAGGACCCAUCCAGGAACUCUUCAAGAGAAUCCCUCAAAGAAGAAUUCACUGUGGGUAUCGGUGGUGGUCAACCCACUAAAUCAGGGGAAACUGUGCGACAUGUUAUGGUGAUUGACGUGAACAGUAGCCCAUACAAAUUCUUGGGAAAUCGUGGGACAAAAUUAUAAGACAAAAAUAUGCAAAUGUCUAUGAUGCUUGAAGGCACGACGUUUGACCACUUUGAAGCAAGUUCCCUACCAGAAAGGAACAGUAUGUGACAUCAUUGUGAAACAUGCGUUUCGAUUCAUUAACCUCAUAUAAUAUGAAGAAUGAGCAACUUUGUUAUAACAUGCAUGGUGAGGCAAACAUUUCAAAUAAUACUUCACGACGUUAUAAUGCAAGACAAAUAUCGAACGGUAUACCCAUGUUUUCCGCAGAGAAUGUUUCAAGGAAUGUAUCGAAUACUAUACUUUGUUACGACGUAAAUUAUCAAUAUAAAACUAUAUGAAAUAUAGCUAAUCUAUUAUAACGUAUUUUCCUAUAUUGCUAAAGUUGCAGAAGGAAACAUUGAAUGUAUAUAGAUUCAGAAGUAGAUUUUGAUUGGUUAAAAAUAUUGCAAUUACACAUCUGAAAUAGUACUACGGUACUAUGACUUGCAA